UUUAUUCUGAUUAUACUCACGAGCAACAAAUUAAAGGCAAAAUCAUUAAAUGUAUCAAACAUUUUAACGUAAAAAGUAUCCACAACAGUAUCAGUAUUGGCAAAGCCAAACCGGAUUUAUUUGGAUUCGGAUCGAUGCCAAAAUUUGCAGUGCCGCCCACCCCGACAAACUACCAGGCACGAUAAUAAACACGAGAACAAACACAUUGUUCAAUGGCUCAGUCACACACAGUGUAGUGUUUUAGAUAGAAGUAUGAGAGGUGGACAUUCCCAGUGCUUACUUACUUUCCUCGGACAAUGUCAUACAACACAAUGCGGUCGUCGUCGCUGCUUGAGAUGGCAUUUUCGCCGUUUGGACUGUAGUCUAAACAAUUGACUUUCUCGGAAUUUUCUCGGUAGGUCCUUGCAACCCUGAAGCUCCUUAACGCGCUGUCCGUGAGCUUCAUGUUUCACAAUGUCAGCGCAUAUAAAAUUAAAAACAAUUUACGCGAUAAUGUGCGUGGUUCUUUGCCUUAUUUGGUCCAUUGUUUCAAGGUACUGUCGAGCAUAACAUUCAUUUUGGGAUACAUCUAUCGGCCAACAAUCUAUCCCUCCAAAAAUGUGCUUUAGCCAUUAGUAUGUUUGAUGUGGUUACAGCUAUGUCGUAAAAAGGUGGGACCUUUUCGGUUUGGCUAACAUUAUGGACAGCGGGCUUUUUCUGUCACCAAAACAAGCCUACCAGAAAAUACCAGAAAAUGACGUCACAAAACAGGAAGUAAAAGGAGUAAAACAAAUUUUGAAGGUCAUAAAUACUCUCGAUCACUACAAAUAAAUGAUGCUCCAUCCUUUAUAUGAUAUCAGUUAAAUAUUAUUUUAAUUCUAUAAUCUAUAUCAUAUUAUUUUCUUUUUCAAUUGUUUGUAUUUUCAAUUUCAGUUACUGGGUAAAUAUCAAAUUAACUGCGCAAAUUGGACAAACUGUAAAUAUACAAUUAAGUGUUCGUUUUCUCUAUAAAACAAUACAAACAACAAAAAAUGAAGCUAUGCCAGGAUAUUAUUGGAUAUAUUUCUUAUAAUGUAUUGUAGCUAGUGUUCGAUUAAAAGAUCAAUUCUGGUUUCUGUCUUUAUAUUUCUAAUGCAGCAAUAAUUUACGAGUAGUUACGAAAAAUACUGCAUAGUACGAUGUUAUUGCGGUUUUAAAUACUUUACGACAAAAUAUUUACUCUGGAAGGAAUAACCCGGAAGUAGCUAAAUGCUAGGCUAUCUUGUGACCAAUGUUAAUGUUGUUUACUUGCGAUGUUGUGCGGUUUAAACUGACACGAUGAACAGCUGUAGAAGAACUUUAUUAACGGGUAACUGGAGCUCCGGUUUGAACACCUUCAUAUCACUCGUAAAAACACGGACAAGUUGUCGCCGGUGUUCGGCGGCGGCAUCGUGCCUCAGCCGGGGUCAGGCUACUGUCGCCGCAAAGCAAGCUCCAGCCGCCGACAACGGAGAGAAACGUCGGCUUCGAGCCAUAGACCUGGCCCGAAAGCUCCAGCAGGAGAAGUCCAAUGCCCAGGCGGCUGAAGCCCCGGUGUUCGGCGUGCAGAAGAAGGUCUUGGAGUUGAAAAAGUUCAGUCUGCAGCUUCAGAAUGUUCAUCCCAACGUGCUGGCGAAGCACCUCAGCAGAAGCGUGUUGUACCAGAACCAGCACGUGGUCCUUGUCAACAAACCCUACGACGUUCCCGUCAGAGAUUCUAGCGGGGAGACGUCUAUCUCCUCUGUGCUUCCCGUCCUGUCCAAAAUGAUGGACGGGAUGAAGGUCAGGUCUGACUCUCAGCUGCUGCCAUGUCUGGGACUGGAGAAGGAGGUGACUGGUGUUCUCCUCUUGGCGAAGAGUGAAAAAGCAGUGGAGCACAUACAAGAACUCCACAGAAAUAAUCAAGUGCAGAGAAAAUAUUGGAUCGUCACAGUGGGUGUACCGGUGCCGUCUGAGGGCAUGAUCGACAUUCCCAUGAUAGAAAGAGAAGUCACUGGUUCCCAACCUCACUUCAAGAUGGCUUUAAGCCCUGUCUACAGAAUGAACGAAGAAGGCAGUGGUGUAACUAAAAUGCGAGGCCAUCGCCAAGCCCUUCCUGCCGUCACAAAGUACCGAGUCCUGGACAGCAGCGCUGGCUGCAGCCUUGUGGAGCUCCAAGCACUUACUGGAGUGAAGCACCAGAUGAGGGUCCAUAUGGCGUUUGCGCUGGCAUGCCCCAUUUUGGGUGACCACAAGUACUCGCACUGGAGCAAACUGGCACCACAGAAACUGCCGGAACGCGUGCUGGGGAAGCUGCGCCUUGAACAGAGCAAGGUCCGGCACGUCCCACUCCACUUGCACGCUCGACAGCUGACACUGCCGGGACCCGAUAACACCACCAUCAGGGUGUCAUGCCCGCUGCCUAAAUUUUUCAAACAAACACUCAGUCAACUGAAUUUAACAUUUCCUAAUGAAAAAGAUGACAAAUAACAUUUGCUCUUGCUAUUUUGUCCUUAUGUCUAUGACUGUUUGAAUUGGAUCUAGAUGCUAUAUUGCCUUUUUUUUUUUUUUUAAUAAAUGAAUGUAAAUGCAUGUGUGGUUGCAUCAUAAAAGGCCAGUUCCUAGAUUUGUUAUGAGAAUAUGGAUGGCGUGUACACUACUCUAAAAGAGUACAUUUUGCCUCACAACAGAGUGCAAAGAGUACUUGAAUCAGAAGUGUGACUUUUUGCGAGUAGUUUUUUUUUGGACUGUUGAUUCACUUGCAUGAAUACUCGGGGUGUCACGACUCAGGAGACACCCAACUUCCGAGACGACCGAGAUUGGGUCCACGAAAAUAGGACGAUAUUUUAACAUUAACUUUAAGAAAAGUACAAUAAAAGAAUACAGCUGUCAUAUGAUUAAAAAUUCUGGUCAAAUUAAUCAGUUUACAAAUUAAUCAUGAUUAAUCACCAUUUGUGUGAGAAAUGGGGCCUUUUGACUGUUUUUUUUUUUUAAAACAAAAAUAUAAAUGACAGGACAGAAUUUUAUAUACAGUAUUUGCGUCCGUUAACAUCUCCAAAUGAAAUUGAAAAUUUUAUCAUGCUAAAAAGAUACCACAUGUCUGAAAAUCUAGUCUUUAUAGUAGCAGAACAUCUGAGUUGCGGUCAAAGACACCACGUAAUAUUUUGUUGAAUUCAGUGUUUUGAGUGGAGAUGUAUUUCAUGGGAUUUCCGAGCAUACUUAAAUGCAGCAAAAUGUACUCCUGCCGUAGAAGUUCUGCUAGUGUGUGCUAAGAAUAUUUACUUAUUGUUUUUCUGUCUUUCUGUUUAUUUAGACCACAUAUACACGCAAUUAAGACGUUGUUUUCUUGUGACAAUGAGAAAGUGUCGUCCUGAGGAGGACUAUGAGACUGUUUGCGAGCUGGAGAAUCUAAUAAGUGGUUGGGCCACCCUUAGCGGCAACAACUGCAAUCAAGCGUUUGUGAUAACUUGCAAUGAGUCUCUUACAGCGCUGGGGGGGAAUUUUGGCCCGCUCAUCUUUGCAGAAUUGUUGUCAUUCAGCAACAUUGGAGGGUUUUCCAGCAUGAAGCGCCUUUUUAAGGUCAUGCCACAGCAUCUCAAUAGGAUUCAGGUCAGGACUUGGACUAGGCCACUCCAAAGUCUUCAUUUUGUUGUUCUUAAGCCAUUCAGAGGUGGACUUGCUGGUGUGUUUUGGAUCAUUGUCCUGCUGCAAAACCCAAGUAGGUUUCAGCUUGAGGUCACCAACAGAUGACCGUACAUUUUCCUUCAAGAUUUUUCGGUAGACCGCAGAAUUCGUGGUUCCAUUUAUCACAGCAAGUCUUCCAGGUCCUGAAGCAGCAAAACAGCCCCAGACCAUCACACUACCACCACCAUAUUUUACUGUUAGUGUGAUGUUCUUUUUCUGAAAUGCUGUGUUACUUUUACGCCAGAUGUAAUGGGACACACACCUUCCAAAAAGUUCAACUUUUGUCUCGUCAGACCACAGAGUAUUUUCCCAAAGGUCUUGGUGAUCAUCAAGAUGUUUUCUGGCAAAACUGAGACGAGCCUUAAUGUUCUUUUUGUUCAGCCGUGGUUUUGGUCUUGCAACUCUGCCAUGCAGCCUGUUUUUGCCCAGUGUCUUUCUUAUGGUGGAGUCAUGAACACUGACCUUAACUGAGGCAAGUGAGGCCUGCAGUUCUUGGAUGUUUUUGUGGGUCUUUUGUGACCUCUUGGAUGAGUCGUCGCUGCGCUCUUAUGGUUGGCCGGCCACACCUGGGAAGGUUCCCCACUGUUCCAUGUUUUGGCCAUUUGUGGAUAAUGGCUCUCACUGUGGUGCGCUGGAGUCCCAAAGCUUUAGAAAUGGCUUUAUAACCUUUUCCAUACUGAUAGAUCUCAAUCUCAGUUAUUUUUUAAUGGGGGGCACUUUUUCCCCCACACAGGGCCAUGUAGGUUUGGAUGUUUUUUCUCCCUUAAUAAAAA